CUCCAAGCCUUGCGCUGAAACUGGGACAUACAGUGCAUAAAAUGUCUGACAUUAUCCAUUGUCGUGCCCUCAUGACAGAGGAUGAAGCCCUAAUCAAGUCCACUGAUGCGUUCAAGAAGUUGUAUGUCUCCAAAUGGUCCGAGAUGGUGUCUCACCAUGCCUUGAACACAUUGAGUGAGGCAAAGUUUAACAAGCCAUCAACAUUGCCCUUUACAGAAGAUGUUCGGAUUCUCCAUCACUACCUUCAAAAAUCUGCAGUAAGUGCCUUUUGCAGCUUGGAGAAUGAAGCCACAGCUCAGAAUUAUGCCCAACUUGCACAAGUUACACUCUCACAAAUCAUUGUGUUCAAUCGAAGACGUUCUGGAGAGGUUUCAAAGAUGCGCCUCAAAAGUUUUCUUGAAAGAGACAAAACGGCACUCCACACAGAUGUUGCCAUGGGGCUCUCACAAAUGGAACAGAGACUCUGUAACUAUUUCUGUAGAAUAGAAAUAAUGGGAAAAAGGGACAGAAAUGUUCCAGUUCUGCUAACACCAAGCAUGCUGGAUGCUCUGUCACUACUGGUUAGUAGGAGGCCUGACUGUGGUAUUUGUGCCACUAAUAUCUACCUCUUUGCAAGACCCCGAUCAAUGAGUCAUUACAGAGGAAUGGACUCCUUGCGUGUUCAUGCACACCAGUGUGGAGCAAAGCAGCCUGAGUAUCUAAAAUCGACACAGCUCAGAAAACAUGUUGCCACACUCUCACAAGUCCUUAAUUUGAAAAACAAUGAACUUGAUCAGGUUGCAGAUUUCUUGGGUCAUGAUAUCCGCGUUCACCGCGAAUUCUACAGAUUACCAAUUCCCACAACACAGCUGGCCAAGAUUUCCAAACUGCUUUUAACACCGGAAAAAGGACAUCUUUCCCAGAUCCAGGGGAAAUCACUGGAUGAGAUCGAAAUUGAAGAUGAAAUUGCAUUAAGUGAUGAUGAAACAAAGGACAGUAAGAGUGAAUCAGAUGAUGAUGACACAGCACUCACAAUGUCGGCGUGUGGCACCAGUGAGCCUGUACAUGCAGUAGCUGAUUCCACAAACACAGCGCAGCUCCAAGACACUGUAGAUUGUGCAGAUGAAGGACCACUCACAAUGCCUGCAGCAAGUGAGACUGCUGCUCCCUCUGAAGAUAAAAAUGCUGCUCAAUCCCACAAUUCCCGAAGAGCUCCCAAAAACAUGUGGUCCAAGGCUGAGGUUGCUGCAGUGAUGAGGCAUUUUAAAGACCACAUAAACGAAGGGAAACUGGCCACCAAAAAUGAAUGCAGUCAUUGCAAAUUGGUAGAAGAUCCGGUGUUGGCAGGAAGAACAGUUCAAAACAUAAGAGAUUUUGUAAGAAACAGAGGAUUAACUGCAAAAAGGCAGAAAAAAAUGAACUAAAAUAACUGUUUAGCCAGAUGUGGUUUUACAUCUUGGUCAGAUUGCCGAACUGUUGUUGAAACUGACUUAUUGUGCAGCAGGCUGCCUCACUGAUGUUCUGUUUAAAGAAAAAAAAAGUUCUUGUUAAUUACAGAAGUAGUUUGUAUUUCAUAAUUUUUAAAAUUUAUUUAGUUUUUUUUUUUGACAGGUUCUUAUUUUAAUAUAUAUUUUUUGACAGGUUAUAUUUAAAAUAAAAAAAUAUAAAUGCAUAUUUUCUCCCUUUAAUAUUUACCUUUAAACGAUUAAAAUUCAUUUUAAAUAUUUUUAAUUUUUCUGUUUUCUAUAUUUUUAUAUUUCUGUGGGAAGCGUGGGCAUUUUUGUCCAUAGAUUUCUUUUUUAUUUAUGGUUAAAAUUAAUGUUCAGAUCCAAGAACACUAAUAAAAUGAUGUUCCAGUAA